CUCAGAGUCCUCGCCAUGACCAUGCCUUCUGCCCUGAGGCUGACUCCUGACUUUUCCAACGCCACCACCGAUGCGCCAGUCAGCAACAAGACCAACGUGACCUUCUGUGGCAGCCAGCCCGUGGUGAUCCCCAACGAACUCUUCCUGACCUUGGGUGCUGUGAGCUUCGUGGAGAACAUGGUGGUGGUGGCAGCCAUUUUCAAGAACCAGAACCUACAUUCCCCCAUGUACUACUUUAUUUGCUGCCUGGCAGUUUCAGACAUGCUCGUGAGCAUCAGCAAUGUGGUGGAGACCAUCUUUAUGCUCCUCCUAGAACACGGGAUGUUGGUCAUGGACUCCUCCUCGGUGCGGAAGAUGGAUAACAUCAUGGACAUGCUGAUCUGCAGCUCUCUGAUGUCCUCACUGUCUUUCCUCGGCGUCAUCGCCGUUGACCGCUACAUCACCAUUUUCUACGCCUUGCGCUACCACAACAUAAUGACUUUCCAGAGGGCCAUCGUCAUCAUUGUCGCCGUCUGGGUGGUCAGCACCAUCUCCAGCACCAUCUUCAUCGCUUACGACAGCACGACGGUCAUCCUGUGCUUGGUCGUCUUCUUCCUCUCCAUGGUCAUCCUCUUGGUGGCCCUCUACAUCCACAUGUUCACCCUGGCCCACCGGCACGCCCGCAAGAUUUCCAGCUUGCAAAGGAAACAGAGUGCCAUGCAGUUCACAAGCAUGAAAGGAGCCAUCACCCUCAGCAUCCUGUUUGGCGUCUUCUUCGUUUGCUGGGGGCCGUUCUUUCUCCACCUGAUACUCAUCAUCACCUGCCCCGGCCAGCCCGCCUGCACCUGCUACUUCAGUUACUUCAGUCUCUACCUCAUCCUGGUUAUUUGCAACUCGGUGGUGGACCCCAUCAUCUACGCCUUCAGGAGCCAGGAGCUCCGGAAAACUUUGAAAGAGGUGGUGAUGUGUUUUUGGUUCUGGGAGGUAAUCAGCGAUGAGCACGGUAUAGACCCCAGUGGGAAUUAUGUUGGUGACUCUGACCUACAGCUGGAAAGGAUCAGCGUCUACUACAACGAAGCCUCCUCUCACAAAUAUGUCCCCCGAGCGAUCCUGGUGGACUUGGAGCCUGGCACCAUGGACAGCGUUCGUUCCGGUGCCUUUGGGCAUCUCUUCAGGCCAGACAACUUCAUAUUUGGUCAAAGCGGCGCUGGGAACAACUGGGCCAAGGGUCAUUACACCGAAGGUGCCGAGCUGGUCGAUUCUGUCCUGGAUGUGGUGAGAAAAGAAUGUGAGAAUUGCGAUUGUCUGCAGGGUUUCCAGCUCACCCACUCUCUAGGUGGAGGCACGGGGUCGGGCAUGGGGACCCUCCUUAUUAGCAAAGUCCGUGAAGAAUACCCCGACCGGAUCAUGAACACUUUCAGCGUGGUGCCUUCUCCCAAAGUGUCCGACACGGUGGUGGAGCCGUACAACGCCACCUUGUCCAUUCACCAGCUGGUGGAGAACACAGACGAGACCUACUGCAUUGACAACGAGGCCCUUUACGACAUCUGCUUCCGGACCCUCAAGCUGGCCACCCCCACCUACGGGGACCUCAACCACCUCGUUUCCGCCACCAUGAGCGGCGUGACCACCUCCCUGAGAUUCCCCGGGCAGCUCAAUGCCGACCUGCGCAAGCUGGCGGUCAACAUGGUGCCCUUCCCUCGCCUCCAUUUCUUCAUGCCUGGCUUUGCCCCCUUGACGGCUCGUGGGAGCCAGCAGUACCGAGCCCUCACAGUGCCCGAACUCACCCAACAGAUGUUUGAUGCCAAGAACAUGAUGGCAGCCUGCGCCCCCCGCCACGGCCGCUACCUGACGGUGGCCACCGUCUUCCGAGGGCGCAUGUCCAUGAAGGAGGUGGACGAGCAGAUGCUGGCUAUCCAGAGCAAGAACAGCAGCUAUUUCGUGGAGUGGAUCCCCAACAAUGUCAAGGUGGCGGUGUGCGACAUCCCGCCCAGGGGCCUGAAGAUGUCUUCCACCUUCAUCGGCAACAGCACGGCCAUCCAGGAACUCUUCAAACGCAUCUCGGAGCAGUUCACGGCCAUGUUCCGGCGCAAAGCUUUCCUCCACUGGUACACGGGCGAGGGCAUGGACGAGAUGGAGUUCACCGAAGCCGAGAGCAACAUGAACGACCUGGUCUCGGAAUACCAGCAGUACCAGGACGCCACAGCCGAGGAGGAAGGAGAGAUGUACGAAGAUGACGAGGAAGAGUCGGAAGCCCAGGGUGCCAAGUGAAAGAUCCGGGCAUGGCCAGCGCUGGGCGCAUCGAUGCAGCCCCGUAGCUCACCACCAUCUCUGUCUCUGCUACUCAUCUGCCAAGUUCUAGACGACCAGCUUCUAGUUGCUUCUGACCCAAGGGUUCCAAAACGACUUAAAAGUCCAGUAUUUAAACAUUUCACCUCCUCUCCCCUUCUCCCCCCUCUUCUUAUGAGUUAGCGCCCAUUCUUCUCUCCAUGACUUUGAUAACUUUGAGGUCCCCGGUCUUUAUUUUUUACUGGUCUGUGUCUAUUUUUAUGUUUUGGAAUACGUAAUAAAUCUAUUGCUGUCGAGCA